AUGGCGGCAAGGGCAAAGGGGGCGAGGGUGGUGGCGGUGACGGCGGGGGAGGCGGUGGUGGGGGCGGUGGAGGCGGUGGGGGUGGUGGCGCGACUGGAGGGGCUAGUGGCAGCGGUGGGGGUGGUGGCGGCAGCGGCGCGGGAGGUGGCAGGGGCGGAGGCGGUGGUGGGGGUGGCGGUGGACGAGGCGGCGGCAGGGGUUGGGGACUAG